CUUCGGAUUUCCCACCGCUCUUCGCCAAUGGCUUCCUCCACUCUCGCAUCCACCCCCUUCCUCCCGUCGCUCCCCGGUCCAAAUCAUACGCGCCUCUCCCUCCGCUUCCCCGCUCGCCGUCUCCCGGUGGCCGCCUCCGCGGCUCCCAAGGGCGCGGCGGCGUCGGAGGCGGCGAGGGAGCGCCGGCGUUUCCUGGAGCGUUACGGCCUCAACCCCGAUGACUUCGAGGAAGACGCAGAGCCGGAUCCCAGGGAAGAGCGGAGGAGAGAGAGGCGGAUGCGGCGGUCGGGUAGAGGGGAGGAGGAGGCCGCUGUCGCUCCUGCCAGGCCGGUGGAGCGCCGGGAGACUCAUAAGAUGCUUCAGGUACUAGCUGGGAAAGUACGCAGAAGAAAAUUACUAUCACCAAAAGAUAGGAAUGUUCGUCCGAUGAUGGAAGUUGUCCGAGGAGCAGCCUUUGACAUUUUACAAUCAGCUGGUGGUUCUCCUGCUUCACUCAAACCUGGUUUGUGGUUAGACUUGUACAGUGGUACUGGAUCUGUUGGAAUUGAAGCCAUGAGCCGAGGCUGUUCAGAGGCGCAUUUUGUUGAGCUGGACCCUUGGGUUAUUUCUGAGGUUCUUAAACCUAAUCUGGACUGUACUGGAUUUCUUGAUACUUCGCACAUACAUAUGCUUCGUGUUGAGAACUUCUUGGACAAUGCUGAAAAAUCUAAAGGUAGGUAUCCUUCUUUUGAUUACAUUAGUGUGACGCCACCGUAUGUUGAGGUAAACUACAGUACACUACUCGAUCAGCUUGCAAGGUCCCCGUUGGUUGGAGAAGAUUGCUUCAUUCUGGUCGAGUACCCACUGAAAACAGAUAUGCCUGAGUCCUGCGGAAAGCUAAUAAAGAUAGCUGACAGGAAGUUUGGUAGGACAAACCUGCUGAUAUACGGGCCAACCUGGUCAGAGAAAAAGAAAGGCAGGAUCCUGAGAUAAUUCGUGUAACGCCGAGGCAGGUUUUGCACACAAGUACCCAUUUUGCAGAUCAGUACUCUCUCUGAGGACCCAGUAUAUUCCUAGCGAAGUUGGCGAUUCGAUGCCACCAAGAUCAUCACCGGCACACGGCGAUUUCCCCCGUGAAUUUCGUACCGGCGCUUACCCACCCGGCGGGCCGACGCGAAGACGCAGUCUCACCUAGGGGAGUAGCAAAAUCCUCCCGUUAUGGUUGGCAUGUCGAAAUCACGUAAGAGAGAAGGCCCCUCUCCUUUCCAAGGCAUCAGCAUCAAGCCAUUACGAUGUCGCGUUUCAUCAGCAUUACCUUUGAUAUGCGCAAUGGCCCGCGGCUCGGGGCUCCGUAUGUGGUCCAGCCUGCCCGCCUCGUGCAUGCUUCAGGAGAGGGGAGGGGAGUUCAUCCAUUCGGCAGGCUGACCUCUUAUCUGUGUACCGUUUAGGCUGAGACGUGCUUUGAUCUCUCCGUAGAAUGAUCAUGGAUUCACGGUGCCUGGCCAGUGAAGGAAAUGAGUUGGGCUUUUGUAUUUCGCUGCGUGCAUGCUUGUCGCCUGUGCGCCAUGCUCCCUUUUGAACCUGACGUGAUAAUGACCGGCAAACGUCUGCCGUUGCGUCGA